AUGAGCGUCCCAGCCGUACCGGAUAGGAUCGUCUUGAGUUUGGAAAAAAUAGCGGACAUCGCUCGAAAUUCGUUCGAUGUGGAAGCGAUCGAUAUCGAAGAAUUGAACGGUUACGACGACAAAAAUUUCCGCAUCGUCGACAACAAGCGAUCGGGCAGGAAACUCGUCUUGAAGAUCAUCAAUUCCAUCGAUAGCCGAAAACCCGAACUGUUCGAGGCCCAAACGCUGCUCCUGCUGCAUUUAGGGAAACAUGGCGUUAAUUGUCCUAAACCCGUUCUAACGCAAAGCGGAGAGUUGUUCGUUAAACACAAACUGGAAUCCGGGGAGCACAUCGUGAGAUUGUUCGAUUAUAUCGAUGGGGCGGUUUUACACAAAACGUCCUAUUCGGGGGAUUUGUUCUAUCAAAUAGGACGAGCCGUGGCCGAAAUGAACGAAGUAAUGAAGGACUUCAAACACGAAGCGUACAGCAAUCACAAAACCAUCUGGAUGCUCGAAUCCUUGCCACAAUUACACCGAUUUUUCCACGCGGUAAAAGCCGAAAACCGGAGAAAUUUGGUAAAAACGAUCGUAGAUAUUUUCAUCGCAAACGUCUUACCGCUGUCUGAAAUGUUACCGAGAGGUUUGAUACACGGUGAUGUAAACGAGCAAAACCUGUUGGUGGAAAAUGGCGAUUUAAAAGCCAUCCUCGAUUACGGGGAUUGCCAUGUUGGUUGCUAUUUGUACGAAUUGGCCAUUACAAUGACUUAUAUGAUGGUACUGGAUAAGAACAUCGAAGCGGGAAGUCACGUUUUAGCUGGAUAUUCGUCAGUCAGGAAAUUGAACAAGGUGGAAUAUUCCUUACUGAAGGUUUGUGUUUGUGCCAGACUCUGUCAAUCGUUGGUUUUGGGAGCGUAUAAGGCCCUCAAAGACCCGGAAAACACCUACGUAUUGACCACGGCCGCGUACGGUUGGACAUUGUUGGAAAAACUGUGGAAAACACCGAGCGAGGAGUUGCUGGAUGUUUGGAAAACUCAUCUGUAA